AAAAUCGUAAGUGGGAACACUGCGAUUGACCUAACCUAGUCGAUUGAUCGUAAAGUUAUUUAUAUUUAAAAAAUACGCGAAAAAUAAAAGAAAACGAUGUCCUUUCAAAAGGAUUUGCGUCAAUUAUUGAAACCCUACUACUGGGUGAACAUUCUACUCAGUUUAACGUACAUAGUAUGUAAGAGAACAAGUAUAAUUUGCAACUUCCUUUUCCCCGAGUCGGAUUGUGAAUUAGACACCAGAGAGACGGAAAUCCUGUUCUUUCUGCUGAUUGUUGUGAUGCUGAGGACUCGGAAGGCGGGAAGUGUGACUAUGGUCAACUAUUUGUCUUCUUCCUUCGUCUAUACUAAGAUUGCGAACUUGAUUUUAUGGUUAUACGCUGAUAUACGGUAUGGCCUGCCUUUCGGAGCAGUACUCAUCCUGAGCUCGCUUCUCCUCCCAGAGCCUUCAUACUCAGGUCCAGAGUAUGUCAUCUACUUCAGAGGUCCGGAAACCUUGGAGCAGGAGCUAAGUCACAACAGCAGCACAACUUGGCUAGUGUGUUUGUACGCGGCGUGGCACCCUGCGUGCGUGACAUUUGCACCAGUCUUUGCAGAGCUGUCUGCUAGUUAUAGCUUGGAUAACUUGAAGUUUGGGAAGCUUGAUGUUGGAAGGUAUCCAGAAGCAGCAAAAAAGUUCCGCAUACACGACGGGCCGACCAGCCGACAGCUGCCCACUGUGCUGCUGAUGGUGGACGGCAAGGAGAAGAUGAGGAGGCCCCAGCCUGACUCUAACAGCAAGCUGCAAAAGUUCCUGUUUUCAAAAGACAACAUUAAGGCAACGUUCGACCUGGACGGCAUUUACCAGGAGUGUAAGAAGAAAUUGGCUGCGAAACCGAGCAAGAAGACGGAAUAGACUGGAGAAGACCUUACAGAUUGGAGAGACCUGAAUACAAGACCAACUUAACUUAAUCCACCACAUUUUAGAGUUCCAUACAUCAAAGGGGAAAAAGGAAUUCUUAUAGGAUCACUUUAUUGUCUGUCCUAUUGGUCAAUUGGGGGAAUCAAACUCUAAAUUUUCAAGAUUAGAGAAGAUAAAGUUAAGUAUGGUUCUGUACCUCAAAAGAUAAAAGUAACACUUAUAGGAUCACUUUGUUGUCUGUCUGUCUGUCCUAUUGGUCAAUUAGGGGAAUCAAACUCUAAAUUUUCAAGAUUAGAAAAGAUAAAGUUAAGUAUGGUUCUGUACCUCAAAAGAUAAAAGUAACACUUAUAGGAUCACUUUGUUGUCUGUCUGUUUGUCUGUCAGGAAAACCUAUAGGGUACUUUCCAUUGACCUAGAAUCAUGAAAUUUGGCAAGUAGGUAGGUCUUAUAGCAUAAGGGAGAAAUCUGAAAACCGUGAAUUUGUUGUUACAUCACAAUAAUUCAAGAUUUGUGUUCCUGAGCCAAUAAUUAGUUUACUAAAUCACAUCAAAUACAAAUCAUUUAUUUGCACGAUUUAUUUGCAACAUGAAGCUGUCCAUCAUCAACUUGAAUUUUAACGUCCCACCCAAAAACAGGGGUGUCAUAAGUUUGACUUGUGUAUCUGUCUGUGGCAUCGUAGCUCCUAAACUAAUGCACCGAUUUUAAUUUAGUUUU